AUGAAUGUACCGGUACACGUGGUGGCUGUUAUUUUUAUCGUGUCAACUUUUGUGAACAGCUUACAGGUGAAAGCAGUUUCACAUGACCUGGAUCAGAAUCACGAAGGGAUUAACAGACUGAUAGAAUUACUUAAAAGAUAUGACGACCAACCGAAGUCAUCAAAGGCGGACAAACAGAGGGACAGACGGAGGCAAAACGACAAGGAAACCGGAGAUCCCAAUCAAGACAUCGGUGAUCUAACGAAAGAAAGUUGGGAGCGGAUCAAGGAAAGUGAAAAUCCAACCAACCGUCUGGACAAUUGGAAGGAGGACCAAGAUUCCCCGCUGGCAGAUCUCAUGGAAAGCUUUGUAGUUCUGGAGGGGGAUGAAAAGCUCAAGCCGCUGGGACUACGGCCCUGGGAAAAGUCUGUGGUCCACGCGGAAAGCAACGACGCACAUGUUCGUAACACUGGACCCGACAAAAGGGGCAAGGACUACCGUUUGCAGAAGAGAAAUUUUGCUAAAUCAGAGAGACUGUGGGAACACGGUGUCAUACCAUACGAAAUAGACCCCAGGAUCACCCAGCCUGACUUGAUAGCCACCAUUAAAGCUGGCAUCGACCAAAUGAACAAGUACACGUGCUUACGUAUCCUGCCUCGUUCUGAGACGACCAAUCUAAAUCUUCCUCACAAACAGUACAUUGUCUUCCAACCAGAUUCAAUCUGUAUAUCGUUCAUUGGGAGAUACGAAUACCUCAGCACUGACGCCCAGCCGAUCGGCCUGAGCUACCCGCUAUGUAAUCAGUUGCAGACAAUACUGCAUGAGCUGAUGCACGCGGCAGGCAUGCACCACGAGCAGUCACGUGACGAUAGAGAUCGCUACAUCAAAAUAUUUUACGACAAUGUGGUGGGAGAAACCGGAAACAAAAACAUGAAUAUCCACCCUACCUAUGACAGAUACCCGUAUGACGUCGAGUCUGUGCUACAGUAUGGAUUGUACGAUCUAGCUUUGAACAGUAACAUGAAAACCAUGGAACUGAAGGACAAGCUGCUGGAGUUUCUUCCGGCAAUGACGAGGAACUUGUCUUUCUAUGACGUGGCAGAAAUCACCAAGGGUUACCAGUGCACAGAUCAUUGUGCAUCGCUUCCUACAUGUGAAAAUGGCGGGUUUGUCCACAAAGGUUGCGAGUGUUUGUGUCCCAAAGGCUUGAAGGGGGACCGAUGUCAGGAGGUUGAUACAGAUUCCAAUUGUGGUGCGGUUGUCUCGUUAGCCGAGGGUGAAAGCCAGGAAAUAACCACACCCAAUUUCCCUAACAACUACAAUGCCGGUGCUGAGUGUACCUGGUUAAUCAAGGGCCCAGAGAACAAACGGAUUAAGAUGACGAUUCUGGAGUUCCACGUGGCCUUCAACCAGUACCGACGGUUUUGUUACCACUGGGUGGAAAUCAGAUACAAUCUCAUUGGUCAAACGGGAAUCAGGGAGUGUGGUUAUCAUCGACCCGGAAGUGGCGUUAACGUCGUGACAUCAUCGGACGCCAAAGGCAAAAUGUUACUCAUGUUCAAUAGCGCUUUCAACGCUAACGUGCCGCCUACCAAGGGAUUUAAACUGAAAGUAGAAGUCGUCUAAUUAAACAAGAAAGCAUAACACUGUUUAUCAAUUUUGUGAUUAUGAAAGCAGGCGAAAUGAAAACAAUUUUGUAAAGUCAGUCUUGAAUUUCUGAAUAAAGUCGGAAUCAUUU